CCAGUACUAAGGUCUAAUCAGGUCCAUAAUGGGCCAAAUUAUGUCAAAUCCAUGCAAAGGUCAUUUUAUUCUCUCUGCAGUCAGAUGCACACAUAUGCAUAUUCACACACACACACACACACACACACACACAUACAUAUACAUACAUACACACACCUCACAUCAUCAUUUAGUGUUUUUGGGCCCGCACAUAAGCUUUUGAAUUCAAAGGUUUCCCCAGAUGCUGUAUUAAGGCCUAAAGCAACUGCAUGGCCUCUUCAUUUUUGAAUAAUCACAAUUUGAAAACUUCUAAUUUCGGAAUUAUUUGAUGAGUUUUCAAGGACACUGUAAUACCAACUUCUUACAUUCUGUCUGUUUUAGUCUUAUACUACACUGUAGUACAGUGAGAACAUCAAUUUGGUUUCAUUUAUUACACCGUACUGAAAGUGUAUGUUUUGUGCGGUUUGUGUUUUAGGUCAUAGCCUUAAAAUCUUGAGUUUGUUCUCUGUUCAUUUGUCUAAACAACCUCUUUUAGAGCCUUAUAUUUUAUCCAGAAAUUUCAGGUACCAUUUUAGACCUUGUUGUAGAUUUUAGCUGAAUGUCUAUGCCUAAUGUCUUAUAUUUAUAUGAUAUUUCUGGGAUUUUCUGAGAACAUUCUGAUUCGUCAUUCUGUUCACUAGACCAAUGCAGAUCCUUGCAAGGAUUAUUAAAGUAUUAGCUGUCUAUUAUACAAUAUGCUAAAGACCUCUGUUAUAAACAACCAUUAUAUUAAAUAGAAUAUAUUUGAAGACCAAGCAAGGGUAUUUUUUACCCUUUUAAUGGUUUCUCCUGUGUUUGUAUGUAACAAAUGCAGUGGUAUUACACACUUUUGAAGUCUUAAUCGGUUCCUGUAUAAGUAUUGGCAUAAUUUUAUGCAUUUGAGCUUGGUUUGAUCAUUAGACAUACUGCAUACUUAAAACUUUAAUACUUGACUCUUAAUUAACCUUAAUGAUUUCAUUGUAUUUUUUGUUAUUAAUUUAAUACUUUUGGCAUUCCAUUACAGUUAGUGUCCUCAUUGAUUGUGAUUUUAAAGUUGCUGCUGGAGCAGAUAUGAAUGAAUGUUUAAGAAAUAUAUUUUUCACCACUUACAUAUUUUGCUGAAAACCAGAAGAUCCCUAUUGGCAGAUAAAUAGGCAGUUUAAUUUGAUUUCAAAUUUGUACAUGCUGUUAAAUCACAUUUUGUUCCUUAUAUUUCACUGCAGUUCAGACAUCUCUGUAUUGUAUUGUGAAAAUAAAUCAUUUAGAUGAUCACUGAAGAAUGACUUGUGUUUGCUUCGUAGGUCCAUGUAAACAUGCUGGCGCCCUUCUUUUAUUACAUUUAAGACUGAUGAGGAGUAAUUUAUGCACAACACAUCAGGUACAGACAAUUCCAAAGAUUUCCCUGUGACUCUCACAGACUGCUUCUUACUGAGAACACUGGAUCUGGAUCUGUUUUCACUGAAGCAGGGAGAAAGUGAAAUGAGUCAGUCUCAAAAUGAAAGCAUGUUACCACACGAUACAUCAGAAUGCAGUCAGUUACAACAUAAUUGCAUGGGAGCGGUUAUGAUGUCACAUAUUGUAAAAAAGAAAAGAAAAAAAAGGUGACAUGCGUACAAUGAGGAACAGGUGACAAUAUACGCUUUCCUUCCUCCUGCGUUACACCACAGCUGCACUGAAGACACACACAAGAGGCCACACAGACCUAGAGCGAUGGCUUCUUCUAUCAGUUCCCAGGCUGAACAGUGCCUGUGUUCAAUAUGUCAGGAUUUCUUCACUGACCCAGUAACCAUUCCGUGCGGACACAACUUCUGCAUGGCAUGUAUCGGUCAACACUGGGACAGCAGUAUGGAGACUCAAUGCCCACUUUGCAAGAAGAACUUUCAUUUGAGACCAGAUCUUGGCAUCAAUAGAGAAUUCAGAGAGCUUGUUGAAGGGCUGAAGAGGGUGGAAAGUCCUGUCCAACCUGGUGCAGUACCAUGUGAUGCCUGUACAAAAAUAAAGAGAGGAGCUUUGAAGUCUUGCUUGCACUGUGAAGGAUCGUUCUGUAAAAUACACCUAGAGCCUCAUAACACUGUAGCAAAACUGAAGAAACACAAACUUAUCAACCCUGUGGAGAAUCUGGAGGAUUAUAUAUGCCCGAAGCAUGAGAAGCCACUGGUGCUGUUCUGCAGAGAUGAUCAGAAGUGUGUGUGCCUGUCGUGUACGACAAAAGACCACAAAAGCCACAACACUGUUCCUGUAGAGGAGGAGAGUGAAGAAAGGAAGUCCCAAUUCGGGAGAAGACAAGCCGAGGUUAAUUUGAUGAUUCAGAACAGAAUAAAGAAAACUGAAGAAAUCAAACACUCAGUACAGCUCGCCAAGCAAAGCUCAGAAAAAGAAAAAGCAGACAUUGUCGAGCUGUUCACUGAUCUGAUGCGCUCCAUUGAGAGAUGUCGGGAUGAGCUGCUGGAGGUGAUGGAGCAGAAGCAGAAAGCUGCAGAAACACAGGCUGAGGAGUUCAUUAAAGAGCUGGAGCAGGAAAUCACUGAACUCAAGAGGAGAAACACUGAGCUGGAGCAGCUCUCACACACUGAGGAUCACCUGCACCUCCUACAGAUUUAUCCAUCCCUGUGCAGCCCUUUAGACACCAAGAUCUGGACUGGGUUCAGUACUGAUACUCAUCUGAGGGAGGACGCUCUGAGGAGAGCACUGACAAAGCAUGAAGAAUUUCUCAAUGGUGCAGUGGUGAAGAUCACAGGAACUGAGCUAAAGAGGAUUGAGAAGUUUACAGUGAAUGUGACUAUGGAUCCCGAAACAGCUCAUCCAAAACUCUUCUUGUCUGAGGAUGACAAACAAGCUGGAUAUGGAGAAACACGACAGAUUGUCCCGGACAGUCCGUGGAGGUUUGAUACAUGUCCCAGUGUCCUGGGGAAGGAAGGAUUCUCCUCUGGGAAAUUUUAUUUUGAAGUGCAGGUGAAAGGGAAAACUGAGUGGGAUUUAGGUGUGGCGAGAGAGUCUGUUAACAGGAAGGGAAUAAUUACGCUGAGUCCAAGGAAUGGACUCUGGACUCUAUGGUUGAGGAAUGGAAGUGAGUAUAAGGCCUGUGACUGCCUGUCUGUCUCUCUCUGUCUGAAAGUCAAGCCCCAGAAGGUGGGUGUGUAUGUAGAUUAUGAGCAGGGUUUGGUCUCCUUUUAUGAUGUGGAGUCCAGGUCUCAUAUCUACUCUUUCACUGGUCAGUCUUUCACUGAGAAACUCUAUCCAUAUUUCAGCCCAGGCUUUAAUUGUGGAGAUAAAAAUUUCACCUGUCGGUAAGAAUAAAUGUAUUUUGGCAAAUUAUAACCAUUUGUAAAAAAUUUAAUAAAUAAAUAAAUAAA